GCACAUGCCUUGAGGCAGCUGGCCGUGCAGGUGAGCCAGGUUGUUUUCAAUGCCUUGGUUCAUUCAUGUGGAAGCGCAUGGCUGCAAGCGGCGUCAAUCCUGGCAGUGAUGCCGGAGCAUCAGCAUUCACAGGAUGUUGUGAGCUUCAACGCCGCCCUUGCUGGGAUGUCCACUGGUGGAGCCUGGCCUAGGGCAGUGGAUAUGAUGGAGCAGCUUCAGCGGCAAGAUGUCGAGCCGACGUCAGUGACGCUUGGCGGCACACUCUCCGCCCUUGCGGGUGACUGGCGCCUGGCAGCGCAUCUGCUUUGUUUAUCCGAGCUGCAGCUCCUUCAGAAGAGUCAGAGUAGCCUUGGAGCCGCCAUGAUGACUGCCAAGGAUGCAUGGCAGAUCCCGACAUUGUGGCUUUGCUGGGCGCCUCAGGCAUACAGGGACGACCGACUCUGCCGGAGCGCGGCCACCAGUGCCUGCGAGCUGCAUGGUGCCGCCUACGGAUGGGCUCACAAGGAGUUGGCGAUGCCGAGCAGGCUGCCAUGA